AUGCCGGACAAAAACAAAGAGGAAGACACGACUGGCGACAAAGAGGUCGAUGAGAAACAGGCGAGUGACGAGAAAACGACCGCGGCCAGCGCGGCGGCCGCUUCGGGUGCCGACGAGGCGCCCAAACGAAAACCAAAGAAGGUGGUGAUUCCGUUCGUGCUGCCGUGGGAGAGUCGACCGUGCAAGCAGACGCAGAAAGGCAUGGGUGCGUUUGGAACACACCGCAAGGUGGUGAGCAACACGACGAAGCCAGUGGUGGAGCCGAAUUCGGCCGCGUCCGGCGCCAUGUCCAGCGACAUGUUCCUGAGCAUGUUCGCGAACGUCGACAACUGUGAGUCACAGAAAGGAAUGAGGGCGUUCGGAUCACACCGAGCGAACGUGAUCAAGGUGUCGACGGCGAACGUGGUGCAGCACGAAAAGGCGAAGCAAUCCGAGUGCAUCAUUCCACGCCAGUCGGGCACCAGCGAAGCGGUCGGUCAGUCGGGUCAGACGCCGAUUGGUGCCAUUCGCCAGAACGUGAUGAAGGUCAGCUACAAGCCAAACAUGACCGGCAAGAUGGACCCAGAGUCGAAGACGUUCCUGUCCAGAAUCGCCCAACCGAACCCAAACUGCCACGCCGGCACGGCGGUCAUUGACCACUUCCGCAAACAGGUGCCUCGCUACCUGGACAACGGCGUGUACCCGAAGCACAGCCGCAAGACCGAAAGUAUUCUGCCGAAACUGUACGAGUACCACAACGUCGAAUCGCCGAAGGGCACCGGAGCCGGUACGUUCGGACUCGGACCGUUUCGGCAGGUGAUCACGCCGGUGAAAGACGUAUACCCGCUGACCCAGGACGAGAUCAGCGACAGUAAUCGAGUCACGCCUUGGACGACCGCUCCUAGCCAUGCCUCGCAGCAAGGAACCGGAGGUUUCCAAAAGCGUCGCGACGUCAUCAUGCAUGUUCAAUGA